UUAUUCUGGAAAGUAGUAAAAACUUAUGAUAAUUCUUGUUUUCUGUCCAUAUCCCCAGUUAGAGGUGUUAGUACCAAGAAGCAGAGGGGCAGAAAGCUCCACUUCAAACCCAAAAGUCUUCACACACCAGGCCUAGGAGACCUGGACCUGUUUGAUUUAGCAAAGACUGCGUACCGGCCUGGCUAUGCGACGAGAGUAGCAGAGGAGGUGGAAAGGCGACAACUGGACAUCAACCAGACCCUGCCCAGUACCGGCAUGUCUCUCUUCCUGUGUGCUUGCCUGAGUGGCUCUCACGAACUUGUGCGAAAACUCAUCAAAAAAGGUGCAGACAUGCAGGUGCGCUCAGCAGCAGGUGACAGUGCCCUGUACCUGGCAGUGUACGGCUGUACCUGUUCCCACCAGACAGACCUGUCUCUAGUACGGAUCCUCAUAGAUGCAGGUUGUGAUGUGAAUGCUGCUAAUGACCGAGGGAACACCCCUCUGCACCAGGCUGCCAUGAGUGGCAACAUCCCUCUGAUCAAACUGCUCCUCAAGCAUGGGGCAGACCCUUACAUCGCGAACAGCGCCAACAUACUUCCGAUCGACUGCGCCACAAACACAGGCCACCUUGUCGCAGCGAAGCUCCUGCGUAUCAACAUCAGCGCCCCUCACCAGGUGUGGGAUGUGGUGGAGCCCCAUACCCCCCUCAAGGUGACCCUUGGGUUCAUGACGCCCAGCAAGCACCACCUGGCCGACUCCUCCUUCAGCCAGAAGAGACUCAUGUUCCACUCCUGCUGAAUACGCAAAGGGGUUCAUCAUUUUGCACAUUGUUGUUGGAAUAUUCAGAACAUCAUUUGACGCUGUCACUUCAAAAGGUAUGAGAGUGGAGUGAGAUAUGUAUGUAAGAAAUGUAGAAAAUUUCUUCUGAAAAUUUCAACUGUUCAGAAUCUUUCUUACAUGCUGUCAACAAUUUUUCUUUCACAA